GUCGCUUUAGAGGCCCUUCCUGCGUUUCAUUCAGGUCUGAGGAGUGAGUUCCCAAACAUGGAAGAUGAACAAACCAAUGAGAUUCUCCAAGAGCUCCUCAAAGUCGAGGUCGACAUUCAAGAUGUUCAAGAGCAAAUUAGAGUGUUAGUUGAGAGGCAAGAGAAGUUGUACGAGAAAAAAUCCGAGCUCAGUGCUAUUCUGGAAGCGUGCAGAGAAUCUGGGAAUGAGGUUAAUAAUGGGGCUUCCAUUUCUGUGGAGAAUUGGUCUGGGGAAUUUCAAUGGGACUCUCAAGCUGAUGAUCUCAGGUUGAACAUUUUUGGCAUUUCCUCUUACCGUGCAAACCAAAGAGAGAUAAUUAAUGCCAUUAUGAGUGGAAGGGAUGUCUUGGUCAUUAUGGCUGCAGGUGGUGGCAAGAGUCUUUGCUAUCAGCUUCCAGCUGUUCUUCGUGACGGGAUUGCUCUUGUUGUCAGUCCCUUGCUUUCCUUAAUCCAAGAUCAGGUAAUGGGUUUGACUGCCUUGGGCAUUCCGGCACAUAUGUUGACUUCGACAACAAGUAAGGAAGAUGAGAAAUUCAUAUACAAAGCAUUGGAGAAGGGUGAGGGGGAACUCAAAAUAUUGUAUGUCACUCCUGAAAAGAUAUCAAAAAGCAAGAGAUUCAUGUCAAAGCUUGAAAAGUGCCAUCAUGCUGGUCGUCUCUCUCUAAUUUCAAUUGAUGAGGCACAUUGCUGUAGUCAGUGGGGCCAUGACUUUCGACCUGACUACAAAAACCUUGGUAUUCUCAAGACUCAAUUCCCUAAUGUUCCUAUGGUUGCUUUGACUGCAACUGCUACUCAAAGGGUCCAAAAUGAUCUGAUGGAUAUGUUGCAUAUUCCAAGAUGUGUCAAAUUUGUCAGCACAGUGAAUAGGCCAAACUUAUUUUAUAUGGUGAAGGAAAAAUCAUCUGUUGGAAAGGUGGUUAUUGAUGAAAUUGCUGAGUUCAUUAAAGAAUCUUAUCCAAAUAAUGAAUCAGGAAUUGUAUAUUGCUUCUCUAGGAAGGAAUGUGAACAGGUUGCAAAGGAGUUACGGGAGAGAGGAAUUAAAGCCAAUUUCUAUCAUGCAGAUAUGGAUGUAAAUGCUCGAGAAAAAGUACAUAUGUGGUGGAGCAGUAACAAGCUGCAGGUCAUAGUUGGUACAGUAGCAUUUGGUAUGGGAAUCAACAAACCAGAUGUCAGGUUUGUCAUCCAUCACAGCUUGAGUAAAUCAAUGGAAACUUACUAUCAGGAAAGUGGUCGAGCUGGACGAGAUGGACUUCCUUCUGAAUGUCUACUAUACUUUAGACCUGCUGAUGUUCCACGACAGAGUUCAAUGGUCUUCUACGAAAAUUCAGGAUUGCAGAACUUGUAUGACAUUGUACGAUAUUGUCAGUCCAAACGACAAUGCCGACGAGCUGCCUUUUUCCGGCAUUUUGCUGAGCCUCUGCAAGAGUGCAAUGGGAUGUGUGACAACUGUGCAUUCUCAAGUGAGGUGAAGGAAGUGGAUGUCUCGCGACACGCAAAACUGAUGGUUUCAUUGUUGCAAGAUAUGCAAGCAAAUGAUCAGAGGACAACAAUGUUGCAAUUAGUUGAAAAAAUGAAAGUGAAGCAAAAGGAACUAGGUUCGGAUUUGAAAAAAGAGGAAAUUGAGCAGCUCAUCUUACAUCUAUUGCUGGAGCAUGUUUUGAAAGAAGAAUUUCAGCAUACAGCUUAUGCAACAAAUGCUUACAUUGCUUUAGGACCACUAACCAAGCCAAUAUUGCAAGGGAAGAAGGCUGUGAAGCUUGAGAUUUAUAGUGAGCAAAGAACUAAGGCUGCUGUAAGAUCAGCGAAACGCAGCCUUGGGUCCUCUGGUUUGGAGCUAAAGCUUGAUGAGUUGAGAAAAGAAUUGUCUUCUGUUCAUGGAGGAAUAUUACCACACUCUAUCUUGUCCACCCAACAAAUCAGCUUAUUAAGUUCUCAAAAACCAAGGUCACUAGAACAGUUGGAGAAGGUAAUUGGAAAAUUGAAGACAGAAAAGUAUGGUAGUAGAAUUCUUGAGCAGAUUGAAAAAUAUUCUGAUUUCAAGCCAGAUGAUCAGCAAGAAAGUGGUGCUAGUGCUGCUAAGAGAUCAAGGACCAAGAAGAACCUUGUUCUUAUUGAGAGUAGUGAAGAUGAAGCAUGAGAAAAGAUGGUAGAGUCAAUGCAAUUUUUUUCCUCCAAUUAUAUAGUGCUGUUUUAUUUGAAAAAAAAAAUGAAGCAUAUCCUUGUUAAAUAGAGCUUGUGGAUCAUCAAAAGAUGAAAAGGACUUGGGAAAAAAAAUUCACAGGUUGGUUUUUCUGAUCUACAAAUUUAGUUGAUAAAUUUGAUGGGAUUAUGAGUGUGUAACUCAAACCAAAUCCGGGUUGUUGUUAAUUACUAAUUUAGUGCUUUCUAGAAGUAAGGACUAAGGAAGAUUUAAUUUUCAUUGUAUCAAAAGAUGUACAAGU